GGCCUGUCCCGCGGAGCGGCCCGCAGGCCGCAGCCGAACAAAGGCAAAAUGCCCGCAGGGCGCGGGCGGCCCUCCCGGCUCCGCGCAGCGCCGGCCUCUCGCCGCCGGGGCCGCCGUGUCCUCGCAGGGGCGGCGGGGCCCUGGGGGGAGCAGCCCUGCACCGUGUCGGCGCGGCGGAGCCGCUCCCAGCCUUUCCGCACCGACUCGGAACUUUCUUCUCCCGGAGGCGGAGCCGGAGCUUCGCCUGCACCUGCCCCGCCGGAGGGGCCGCCCGGAGCCACCGCGCAGUAGCGCCGGGGAGGGCCGGGCCGGGCCGCAGGCACCGCUGCUCACCCUGCCACCGGAGGAGGGCCAGGCCGCAGCAAUCCCGGCUCCGCUGGCAGGGAUUUCUGUGUGCCCCGCAGCAGGAUGGAUCGCUACCGGUACUUUAUCUUCAACCAGAGGAGCAUGGUGGUGCUGGGCCUGUUCCAGCUCGCCUUCAGUACCGUGUGCGUCGUCAGUGGGUUCAUAGAUGACAUUUUCAGAACGGAGGCUCAGCUGGGCAAAACCAGAGCUCCAAUUUGGGCCGGGAUGGUGAUGGGAGUCCCAGGCGUCCUGGCUUUGUUUUCCUCUCAGAGGAAGAAUCCAGUCCUUGUGAACGUGCUGAUAGUUGCUUCCAUAAUCUCUUGUAUCGCCAUUUUCAUCAUAAUAGUUUAUAGCUCCUUCACACUGAACUAUGGUGAAGAGGAGGAGCCAAGUUCUGUCCCAGUCCAUGUUAUGCAUACCUUCGUACUCAAAAAAGUAGUCAAGGGUGCUAACAUAGCCAUGCUAGUUGCAUCUAUCUGCAGUGCUUUUGUUGUGCUGGUGGUCACUUACUUGGGAUGCCGGAGUCUUCCACGCUGCUCGUGCUAUGACAGUGUAACUGGGAUGGAAUGGUUGCAACCUAGUGAGGACCAAAAUCAGGCAGUGGAAAUGGUUUGUGCUGUACAAAGCCCUGGGGGCAGAAUUUUUAACUUCCCAGAUCGGUUUCCAGCCCAGGACGCAGACGCAGAGGAAGAUGCAUCCAAACCUCCACCAUAUAUCAGAAUGGCUUGAAAAAGUGGUCAAAGAUUUUAAAGCUGCUGGUCUAAAAAUGCGGCAGGGCAGGUGUAAGAAGUUCUUCAUCUUUAAAGAUGAUUAUGUACUUUUCCUUGUCCUUUUGAAAAACACACGGGAAAAGAGAGAACUACUGAAUGCCCAAUGUUCAGCAAAAAUCACAGUGGAAAGGGGAGGAUCUGCAGAUGGUUUUGGACAUUCAGACUUCGUGUAGUUAAAAUACCUCAUUGCCUCUGGAAAGCGUGAGCAUUUUUUCCUCCAGGUUUUGUACUUAAAUCAUGUUUUAUUCCGCUAGAAUUAAUCAUAAAAUUUGUCUAGCAGUGCUAGCCUUAGGCAUACAAAUGUUAAAUACAAUUAAUUUUUAAAAGAAA